UGAAAUUUCUUCUCCACCCUUCCUUCGUCCGCAAUCACACUUUUCCUCAACCUUUUUCAUUAUUUUAAUCCAACUCCUCCACCCCCAUUUUCAUCUAUUUAAUCACCCCUCUUCUUUCCAUUCAAAACCUCUUCCAUUCAUUCAUAAAUCUCUUGAUUGAUUCGUCCAUACGGUUAAUUCAUAGCCUCCGAAUCACCCGAAUCCAUGCUCGAUAUCUUGGUUACACAUGUUACAUAUUGAUGUCUCCUGUUCUUAGUGAAAUCUUCCGGUCCGGCUUGACUAUCAACUCAUCUCUUCGUCGCCGGACCCAUUUAGUCCAAUCGUUGUCCGUCGUGUUUCUCUAUUGGUUUUACGUUUUCUCAUGAACAACAACUCUUCCGUCUAGGAAUAAUAUUUAUAUCUAUAUCUAUAUUUAUAUCUAUACUUCGCGAAUAAUUAAUUUGAGUCAGUGUCUGUGUUAGUGUGUUGUUCUCGUAUUCGUAUUUUUAUUUUUAUUUUUUAUUGAAAUAAAUUUUUGGUAUGGCUUCUUCGAGUGGUAAUUCGUCUCAGAUCCCUAACUCCGGAUCCGAAGAGGAUCUGAGGGAUCAGAGAAAGAGGAAGAGAAUGCAAUCAAACCGCGAAUCGGCUCGAAGAUCAAGGAUGAGGAAACAAAAACACCUAGAUGAUCUAACGGAUCAAAUCAACCAGAUGAAAAAGGAUAACGCGCAAAUCCUCACCACCAUUAACGUCACCACGCAACAACUGGUCCACGUGGAAGCGGAUAACUCUGUGUUGCGCGCUCAGAUGAGCGAGCUAACACAGAGGUUAGAUUACCUCAAUGAAAUCAACAAUCUUAUGGGUAACACCAACAAUAGUGGUGUGACAGGGAUGAUGUAUGAGUAUGAAAAUCAUCAUGAUUUCAUAAACAGUCCUUGGAACAUGAUGUAUAUUAAUCAGCAACCAAUCAUGGCUGCUGCUGCAGAGAUGUUACAGUACUAGUGAUUAAUGCAUUAAGUGGUUGUACUGUACUAUUAGGUUUAGGUUUGGUGGUGCUUUAUUAGGUUGUACUUUUGAGUUGGCUGGCUGGCUGGUUGGUUGUAUUCUAAAAUGAGGGCUUGUAAUGGGUGGAAAGGGAAGAAAGGGAAUAACAUGCCUUGCUCUUUUUUUUUUUUUUUU